AUGCCACUUCCGUCCAUUGAGACCCAGUCUAAGGUCGCCACGGCCGACCGCUUCGUGGAGCACUACUAUGAUGCGCUGAACAAGAACCAGCGCGGACAGCUGGCACAGUACUACUGCUCCACCUCCAACAAGCUGACGGCAGCCAGCCUCACGCCCGACAUCAGCUUCAAUGGGCGUGUCAUCACGUCGGUCCCGGAGCUGCAGGAGCUUCUCGAGAAGCAAGGCACGCCCGUCCACUUUGAGGUCCUCAGCUACGAUGCCCACCCGGUGAACCCGCACUACAUCAUCGGCGCCCCGGACGCCCAGGCGCAAAGCGACAAGGGCGACAAGCUGAGCUUCGUGGUCCAGGUCACCGGCACCGUCAAGUUCGGCAAGGGCGACGAGGCCACCCUCAAGAGUUUUAACGAGUCUUUUGUGAUGGUGCCGCACUGGGAGGCCCAGGUCAAGAAUGCGCCGAGGGGGCUCAAGAGGUGGCUGGUCGCCAGCCAGAACUCUAGGUAUCUGUGA